ACAUAAACACGGAAGUAAGGCUGUCCGGCUGCGCAGAGUAUGACGGGGAGGCACUUUGAUGUGUGUAGCGGCUGGAUUUUAAGGAUAAGUGUGUUCAGGAAUUGAUGUCCUAAAGGUGAAGAAGGCGCGCAGGGCUGAGGGAAGUGAAACAAAUUCCAGUGGAAAAGGAACUGAAAAAAGGUACAGGUUCUUUCACUGCUAUGGCUGAACAGGAAGGGACAGACAAACCACUUUUAAAUGAACAGCCUGUGGCUCCUUCUGCAUCUCAGUCAGUGACAUCUCAAGAUGAUGCUAUAGUGGAAACAGCAGAAGAAGCAGUUGAACCUCCAGAGGCUGAUAUCAAUGAGCUCUGCAGGGAUAUGUUCAGUAAAAUGGCACUUUAUCUGACAGGGGAGCUAACAGCUACCAGUGAGGACUACAAACUUCUGGAAAAUAUGAAUAAACUUACCUGUCUGAAGUAUAUGGAAAUGAAAGAUAUUGCUGGAAAUAUCAGUCGGAAUCUCAAGGACUUGAAUAAAAAGUAUGCUAGUCUACAGCCCUAUCUUGAACAAAUAAAUCAGAUUGAAGAGCAGGUGGCCUCUUUGGAAAAUGCAGCCUACAAACUGGAUGCUUAUUCAAAAAGAUUAGAGGCGAAAUUCAAGAAACUAGAAAAACGAUGAGAGAACAGUUUUUAACGGUGAAACCGCAAACUCCAGUAUUAUGUUAUGCAAAUCACAGCCCAUUCUGCAAAGUUUUACACUGCGCAUGUUAUGUUAAGUUAAUUAAAAAAAUACAUCUGAAAA